UCUCCCCAUUCCCUGCCCUUUUUCCCAUUCCUCCCUUUGGUCCCGUUUUCAUUUUUUUUUUUCAUUUCCGUUUCUAUUCUCGUAUUUUUCUUUAUGCCCGUUUUUAAAUUCCCGUUUCCCUCUUUUAUUCCCUUAUUAAAGUUCGCUUUCCCCCCUUGUUUCCCCAUUUUUAAAAUUCCUAUUUCCGACUUCAUUCCUCUUUUUUAAUUCCCAUUCCCCCUCAUUCCACAUUUUCCUCUUCCCAUUCCCCCUUUUUUCCCCAUUUUUGCUUUCCAUCUCCCCUUUAUUCCCAUUUUUAAAUUCCCAUUCCCUCUCUCCCAUUUAAUUCCCAAUUCCCCUCCCCUUCAUUCCCAAGUUUUAAUUCCCAAUUCCCCCCUUUUAUUCCCAAGUUUUAAUUCCCAAUUUCCCCCUUUCAUUCCCAAGUUUUAAUUCCCCGUUUCCCCAUCCCAACCUUUUCCCACAUCCCUAAAUCCUGAUUUUUUUUCUCCCCAGGGAUCUCCUCCUGUCCCUUCCCCCUGGCCCCUGGGGAAGUUUCUGAUCCCGGGGAAAUUUCCAGGUCCUAGGAAGUUUCCAGGGACAUUUCCAGUCCUGGGGAAGUUUUCAGGGAAGUUUCCAGGGAAGUUUCCGGGCCUGGAAGAAGUUUCCGGUCCAGGGGAAGUUUCUGGGGAAGUUUCUGAUCCCAGGGAAGUUUCCAGGGAAGUUUGUGAUCCUGGGGAAGUUUCCGGGCCCUGAGGAAGUUUCCAGUCCUGGGGAAGUUUCCAGGGAAGUUUCCGGGCCCUGAGGAAAUUUUCAGUCCCAGGGAAGUUUCCAGGGAAGUUUCUGAUCCCGGGGAAGUUUCCAGGGAAGUUUUCAGUCCUGGGGAAGUUUCCAGAGAAGUUUCUGAUCCCGGGGAAGUUUCCAGGGAAGUUUCCGGGCCCUGAGGAAAUUUCCAGGGAAGUUUUCAGUCCCGGGGAAGUUUCCAGGGAAGUUUCUGAUCCCGGGGAAGUUUCCAGGGAAGUUUUCAGUCCUGGGGAAGUUUCCAGGGAAGUUUCUGAUCCCGGGGAAGUUUCCAGGGAAGUUUCUGAUCCCAGGGAAGUUUCCAGGGAAGUUUUCAGUCCCGGGGAAGUUUCCAGGGAAGUUUUCCGGUCCCGGGGAAGUUUCCAAGGAAGUUUCUGGUCCCGAGGAAGUUUCCAGGGAAGUUUUCAGUCCUGGGGAAGUUUCCAGGGAAGUUUCUGAUCCCGGGGAAGUUUCCGGGCCCUGAGGAAAUUUCCAGGGAAGUUUCUGAUCCCGGGGAAGUUUCCAGGGAAGUUUCCGGUCCCGGGGAGGUUUCCGGGCAGUUCCCGGGAUGUGGCACGAGGCGCGGAAGCACGAGCGGAAGCUGCGGGGGAUGAUGGUGGAUUACAAGAAACGCGCCGAGCGCCGCCGCGAGUACUACGAGAAAAUCAAAAAAGAUCCUGCCCAAUUCCUUCAGGUGCACGGCCGGGCCUGCAAAGUUCACCUGGAUUCUGCUGUGGCCUUGGCAGCUGAGAGCCCCGUCAACAUGAUGCCCUGGCAAGGGGACACCAACAACAUGAUCGACAGGUUCGACGUCCGUGCUCACCUGGAUUUCAUCCCCAUGUACACCCCGGCCCUGCUCAGCCCCACCUCACCGGAGCAGGAAUCCGACGAGCGCAAAUGCAACUACGAGCGCUACCGGGGCCUGGUGCAGAACGACUUUGCUGGCAUCUCGGAGGAGCAAUGCCUGUACCAGAUCUACAUCGACGAGCUCUACGGAGGACUCCAGAAACCCAACGAGGAUGAGAAGAAAAAGCUGGCGGAAAAAAAGGCUUCCAUCGGCUACACCUACGAGGACAGCACCGUGGAAGAGCUGGAAAAUUCCCUGGAAAAACGAGCGGGGGACGAGGAAGACUCCGAGGAAGAUUCCAACACGGAUGAGGACGAAGUGAUCCCGGAUAUCGAUGUGGAGGUGGAUGUGGAUGAGCUGAACCAGGAGCAAGUGGCCGAUCUGAACAAGCAGGCCACGACUUACGGCAUGGCCGAGGGGGAUUUUGUCAGGAUGCUGAGGAAGGACAAGGAAGAGGCUGAAGCCAUCAAAAACGCCAAAGCCUUGGAGGAGGAGAAGGCCAUGUACUCGGGCCGCCGCUCCCGCCGGCAGCGCCGGGAAUUCCGGGAGAAGCGGCUGAAAGGUCGGAAAAUCAGCCCCCCCAGCUACGCCCGCCGGGACAGCCCCACCUACGACCCCUACAAACGCUCCCCGUCAGAAUCCAGCUCGGAAUCGCGCUCCCGUUCCCGGACUCCUUCCCUGGGUCACGAGGAGAAGAUCACCUUCAUCACCAGCUUCGGCGGCAGCGACGAGGAGGCGGCCGCCGCUUCCAGCGCCGCCAUUCCCGGGAAAAGCCGCAAUUCCCGGGAAAGGCAGCGCUCGGCGCAGCCCGGAGCCUCCGCUCCCGCUCACAGAGCUUCAUCCCGGCGCCGCUCUUCCUCCUCCUCCUCCUCCUCCUCCUCCUCCCGCUCCUCCUCCUCCUCCUCCUGCAGCUCCGGCUCCCGCCAUUCCCGCGGUUUCCGUCGUUCCCGGGGGAUUUUCCGGGGCCGCCGCCGCUCCCGGAGCCGCUCCCGGAGCCGUUCCCGCUCCCGGAGCCGUUCCCGGCGUUAUUCCCGGGGCGGAUCCCGGGACAGCCGGCGCCGUUCCCGUUCCCCGGAGCGCGGCCACCGCCGCCGGCGCCGCUCCCGGAGCCGCUCCCGGCGCUCCCUGCGCUCCUGGCGCCGCUGGAGCAGCCAGAGCCGGAGCAGCCGCAGCGACUCCCGGAGCCCUUCCCGAUCCCGAUCCCGCUCCCGAUCCCGAUCCCGAUCCCAAACCCCGCCGGGAUCCCGGGAAAAGGCCCCGCCCCGCCCCCCGGCCUCGCCCGCCGUCGGAGAGAAGCUGAAAAAGGCCGACGCUGCCGCUGGUAAAGAUUCCGGAGCUGCCAAACCCAAGUUGACCCCACAGGAAAAACUCCGGCUCCGGAUGCAGAAAGCUCUCAACAGGCAAUUCAAGGCCGACAAGAAGGCGGCGCAGGAGAAGAUGCUGCAGCAGGAGCACGAGAGACAGCGGGAGGACGAGCUGCGCGCCAUGGCCCGGAAAAUCCGAAUGAAGGAAAGGGAGAGGAGGGAGAAGGAGAGGGAGGAGUGGGAACGUCAGUACAGCAGGCAGAGCCACAGCCCCUCCCCACGACACAGUCGGGAGUUCAGCUCCUCUCGCAGGUACGGCCCCAAUUCCUGGGAUUUCCAGAAUUCCCGGAAUUCCAGGAGAUCCCCGGGAUCCCAGAUGGGAUCCGGUCCCGUUUUCCCUGAUCCCAGGGAUCCCAAAUUCCCUCAUUCCCGAUUUUCCUGUCCCUGGGGGAUCCCAAAUUCCCGUUGUCCAUGAUCCCAGGGAUCCCAAAUUCCCUCAUUCCCGAUUUUCCUGUCCCUGGGGGAUCCCAAAUUCCCGUUGUCCAUGAUCCCCGGAAAUCCCAAAUCCCCUCAUUCCCGUUUUUCCAGAAAUCCCAAAUCCCCUCAUUCCCGUUUUUCCAGGGAUCCCAAAUCCCCUCAUUCCCACUUUUCCAGGAAUCCCAAAUCCCCUCAUUCCCAUUUUCCCUGUUCCUGACUGAUCCCAGAUUUCCCCAUUCCCGUUUUUCCCGGGACCCUCCCCCACCUCAGAAUUCCCGUUUUUCCUGCUCCUGGGUGAUCCCAAAUUCCCUCAUUCCCAUUUUUCCAGGAAUCCCCAAUUCCCACAUUCCCAUUUUUCCAGGGACCCCACACGUCAGAAUUCCCAUUUUUCCUGAUCCCAGAGGUCCCAAAUCCCCUCAUUCCCAUUUUUCCAGGAAUCCCAAAUCCCCCUCAUUCCCAUUUUUUCCAGGAAUCCCAAAUCCCCCUCAUUCCCGUUUUUCCAGGGAUCCCAAAUCCCCUCAUUCCCGUUUUUCCCUGAUCCCAGAGAUCCCAGAUUUCGCCAUUCCCGUUUUUCCCCGGGACCCUCCCCCACCUCAGAAUUCCC